UCUUAACUCUAGAUUUUGGGAAAGAUCAAGUUAUGGAUCCAGAUAUUGGCCGAUCUCUGUCGAAUUUAUAAUAUCUGUAAAAAUUGACGAGGUUUUUACUUUAAUGUCUGGACGGUGUUCCCCUACUUAUUUUGUUGGAAAUGCUUUUCAACUUGAACAAAAUACUAAUAAAUAUGACAGAAUUUAUUGUGGUGCUCUAGUCCCAGAAUCUCACCGUGCUUAUUUUUGCUCAUUUUUAAAAGAGGAGGGAAUUCUAGUUAUGCCGUAUGGACAUUCGCUUCAACGUGUUAUUCGUAAAUCAGAAAAAUUGUUUAAAACUCGUGACCUAAGUGCAGUUACGUUUUCUCAUUUAAUUCCUGUAAAUAUUGAUGACAAUUCUCUUUCAAAUGGACAUGUUUCGCUUCCACUAAUUCAACCUACUUCAUUACAAUUUUUGUGUAGAAACAAAAUUCGACAAUUAAUUCGCCAAAAACUUCUUGUUGAUAAACCAGUUGAAAUUUUUUCACUUUAUGCCAAAAAACAUGCCAAAAAAGCUUCUAGUGUUCAGCAUGAUGAUGACGGAAGAAAUCAAUGGAAUCCUUCAAGGGACGAUCUUUUUCCUCCUAGGCCUAUGGUCUUAGAUCCACAUUUGCCUCAACCUUUGCCUUUAAGAACUCGUUUUACUUCUGUUGGUACCAACACUCAUGGUGAUCCUGACAAUAAUAAUAGAGCAGCUAAUAAUAAUGGAAGACACAACAACAACCACCGCCAAAUGCUUGCAAAUCUUCGCCAUACUCACGCUACACAAUUUCGUCAUCUUUUUGCUUUAUUUGCACGUGAUCGCAUUCGACGUCAUCAUGAAGCUAUUGCUCAUCAUCGUGCUGCUAGAAGAGAUGUACAUAUAAUUAAUAAUGCUAAUGAUUCUGAUAAUGAUGAUGAAAAUGAUGAUGUUGAAAAUGAGCAGCUUGAAAUUGAAUUACGUGGCAAUGAACGGCAACAGCGUUUUUAUUCGGGACCUGAUGAUGAAGCUUUUAAUUUUGUAUUUGAAUCUGAAGAUGAGGUUAAUAAUGAGGAUGAUGAUGAACAUGAAGAAGAAGAAGAAGAAGGGGAGGAGGAAGAAGAGGAAAAUGUUGAAAAUGAUAAUGAUAGUAUUGAAAAUUAUGAGAAUGUAGAUCGAACAGACAAUGAAGAUGAUGAGAACAAUGAAGCUGUAAAUAGUGAUGAUGCUGAUAGUUGGUCAGAUAAAAAUAAUGUUGGUUCGUUAUCUUCUUCUGAAAGUUAUGUUAAUUUAAAUAAUGAUAAGAAUGAUGAUUCGUAUAAAACAGCAAAAAUGACAACAACAACACCAAAAAAGAAGGCAAAAACAAAAUCGAAAAAGUGUAAAAAUAAAUUGGCACGACUUGGGCUUGAAUUAUCUUCAGAUGAUGAGGAGGAAGAGGAAAAAGAAGAUGAGGAGGGAGAAAAAAAUGAAAAGGAAGAAGAAGAAAAGGACGAGGAAGAAAAAGAGGAUGGGGAAGGGAAGCAAAAUGAGGAGGAGGAAGAAAAAGAAGAGGAGGGAGAAAAGGAAGAGGUUGAGGGAGAAAAAAAUGAGGAAGAUGGUGAUAAUAGUAAUGAAUCUUUUGAAACGGCUAAGGAUAUAAUCAUGAUUAAAGACAAAAAUUUUGAAGCUUUCAAACGCUAUGCAUCAAAAAUGAGUAAAAAUAGUGACGAUAAGGAUGGGGAGGAUAAAAUUGAAGAGGAACUUAAUAAAGAAGAUGGUUGGGAGGAGUCUUCCAGAGGUUACCGCUUCCCUCAUAGUGACGAUGAUGAGGAGGAUAAAUUUAAAGAAGAAGUUACUGAAGAAGACGAUGGUUGGGAAGAAACUUAUAGACGCUACUGCUUAUCGAAAAUGAGUGACGAUAAUGAGGAGGAUAAAAUAGAAGAAGAUGUUGGUAGAAAAGAGGAUUAUAGACGCUACUGUUUAUCAAAAAUGUGUAAAAAUAGUGGCAAUGAGAAGAAUAAAAUUGAAGAGGAUGAUGAUAAUGAAAUGGAAAAUGAUGAAGAAAAAUUGGAAGAAGACAAAGAAAAGUUGAAUAAUUCUAUGAAUUCAAGUCCUAUUAAAAAUGGAAAUUGUAAUAAUAAACGUUUGCGUACAUGUACAUCUAAUUCAUUGGAAAUGCCGCAAUCAAGCAAAAUGAAACGUGUAUUAAGCUACAUUGAAGACCAACAACAAGAAGAAGGAGAACAUGGAGGUGUAGCUGGGCCUUCAACAAGUUGGCCGACUCAAUAUUUACAUCAAAGGCCGGCUCCUUAUUUACACAAGAAACAGGCUCCUAUUUCUAAUAAUACAACUCGAGAAGAAGAGGAGAAUGUGGCUGAGGCUAAGUUUAAUGAAACCAAAGUUAAAGAACGGACUGAACAACUUGCUAAUUUUCAUGCGAAAUUUAUUGAAUUAAUUCAAUCACUUCCUCUAAACAUUCAAAUGCGUAAAUUUCUUGUUUAUGAAAAUGCUUGA